CCGAUUAUUCGUAUACAUAUUUUUUUCUUGUUUACAAAUUUUUGGAAAAUGUUAUUUUUAAUAAAUUUCUUAAUAAAAUAAUGGAAUCCUGUUUAUUGUGUUUAGAAAUAAAUAAAGAUAUUUUGGACUCCAUAAAGGCAAACUCAUCACAAUGGCAAGAGCUGGAUAUGGGAAAAGUGAUAGAGAAACAUUUUUGGCCAAUGAACAAUAUACAAACAAAUUCCUGGAUAUGUUUGUCCUGCUGGCAAGAGGUAAACGAUUUUCACAAAUUCUAUAUGCGUGUGGAAGAGGCUCAUAUGAAUUUUGGAAAAAUUAAAGUGGAGGAUGUUGGUGUAUUAACAACGGUGGAAUGCAAAGAGGAAUUAACAAUACAAAAAACAAAAAUAAAAACUACCACUGAAGAGGCGGAUAAAGAUAAUAUUGCAUUUUGUUUCCUAGAACCAGAGAUACUGAUAGACCAACCUCAGCCACAGGAUCUGGCGGAACCAGAAAUACUUAUAGAUCCACCACCACCAGCGCCCGAUUUGGAGGAUAACAAAGAAACUGCAAUAACACAGCCCUUAGAUGAGCUGGACUUGGAUGAUAUGCCCUUAAAACAGGCUUGUAAACGUUUAAGAUUAGAAAAUCAAAUAACAAAUAAAGAUCCUCUAGAGAAAUCUAAAAAAUCGAAAGUUAACAACAAGUCCAAGAAUAAAAAGAAAACUACUAAAGCCAAAGCUACUGCAGAGACAAAAACAUCAGAAGAAACCCCAGCAGAAGAAUCACAAGUGAAAGAAGAACCUCUAGAUACAAAUGAUAAUCAUGAUUCAGAUAGCCUUAGUGAUAAUGACAACGAUGCCGGCGAUGCCAAUUAUCAGCCGGAAAAGGAUUCUGCGGAAACUGUGGAAAGUAAAAGGCGCAAAGCUUACAGUAAACACCGCACAAAUCGCAAAGAAAAUGAUCAAUUUAUAGCCGAACAUUUUAAGCAAAUGUUCUGUGAUCUUUGCCAGGUACCGUUUGAAGACUUUCCCGCCAUGCAGAAACAUUUUACCGAAAAUCACAAACAACGAGGCUAUGUUGUUUGCUGUAAACGAAAGUUUUUCGAUCGUACCCGUUUGGUCGAUCAUCUUCAUUGUCACUUAAAUCCCGAUCAUUUUAAGUGCAAUGAAUGCGGCAAAGCCAUGUCUGAUCGCAUCAGUUUUGACAGUCACAUGUUGCGUGUGCACCGAGCCAGUGAGGUGGUUAAGCAACAUUGCUGUGAUGUAUGCGGUAAAUCUUUUACGGAAGCUUAUGUCCUUAGGAUACAUAAAUUAACUCAUUUGCCGGAAGAGGAAAAGAAAUUUCCCUGCAGUGAUUGUGGCAAAAAUUAUGGCAGUCCUUAUCUAUUGAAUCAACAUCGACAAGCGGUACAUCUUAAACGUUUCGUUAAAAUUUGCUAUAUAUGCGGCAAAGCUAUUAACUCCAGUGCUGAAUUUAAAAUACACAUGAAUAAGCAUGAAGGCAUACCCGCUCCCGUUAUAAAUUGUGACGUAUGUGGCUUACGUCUAACUAGUGAACGUGGUCUAAAGCUGCACAAAGAAUCCCAACAUCCAAUAGGGGGGAAACAGGAACAUCACUGCCCUAUUUGUCCAAAAAUAUCACCCACCCUAAAGGCACUUAAAAAGCAUAUAAAUACUAUGCACGAAAAGGGCUACGAUCACAAGUGCAGUAUUUGUGAAAAAGCUUUCAAAAGAUCUGAAGCUUUGAAGGAACAUAUGGCCACACAUACUGGCACUACUUUAUACACUUGCCCCUGGUGUCCGAAAACCUUUAAUUCCAAUGGCAAUAUGCACGCUCAUCGCAAGAAGAUACAUCCAAAAGAAUGGGAAGAAACAAAACUGUUAAAAUAUUCGGGAAAUAUACCACCAGAAAUUUAAAAAUCAUGCAAAUAAAUCACAAUAAGUGAUUCAAUAUAAUUUAUUUAAUUUAGUUUAGUUUAACGUUUAUUUAAGUCUCAAAAUAUAUUUUUUAAUAUAAAUUAAUUUAAAAUUGAUCAUUAUGUAAGUAGUAACUACUUUUUUUAAAUAAUUUAAUAAAAGUAUACAUAUAUAGAUCUUGGACAGAUUUAACUAAA